UGCGGGCCACUCUCAGGUUACUUGGCGAAGGGCGCGCUCGCCCACCUCCAGCCGGGUUUUGUCUCUGCCUGGCUCUCGCGCCUCCUUCCUCGCGGCGCUUGGAUUGGGCCGCCCUCGCCUUGACACCGUGAUCUCUCUCUCUCUCUUCCUCCUCCUCGGAGCGGCCAAGGGUCUGGAGGACGGCUUCCAACAGAUGGUUGGGGUUAGUGCCUGUCCUCAGCAUCGCCUCCGAGCCGGGAUUAGGGCAGCCCCAGCGGCGCGGUGCUCUCCUCAGCCUCCCAAACCCAGCGGAAAAGCUGGUCAUAUACCGCAGAAUACAUGUUUGACAUUUCCUUUAUUUCAAACUUCAGUCAAGGUCCUUUUACAGAACUUGAAAAUUAAGGAACAGAAGCAUUUGCACAAGGGUUUUAUUGCAGCAGUGAACAGAUAACAAUGAAUCAUUAUUAUAUUGCAUUUGUGUGGACUGUGCUUGGCACUGAACUGCUCAAGAGCCUCAGUACUACUGUCAAAUCUCCACGGUUCAGAGGACGUGUGCAGCAAGAGCGAAAGAAUAUUAGACCAAACAUUAUCCUGGUACUCACAGAUGACCAAGAUGUGGAGCUGGGUUCCUUACAAGUGAUGAAUAAAACCAGGAAGAUAAUGGAGAGCGGAGGUGCCACUUUUGUCAAUGCCUUUGUAACUACUCCAAUGUGCUGCCCAUCACGUUCCUCAAUGUUGACAGGCAAAUAUGUUCACAAUCACAAUAUCUACACUAACAAUGAGAAUUGCUCUUCACCUUCCUGGCAAGCAACACAUGAACCACGUACUUUUGCAGUGUAUCUCAACAACACUGGGUACAGGACUGCUUUUUUUGGAAAAUACCUCAAUGAAUACAAUGGCAGCUACAUCCCUCCUGGUUGGAGAGAAUGGGUGGGAUUAAUCAAGAAUUCUCGUUUUUAUAAUUACACUGUUUGUCGGAAUGGUCUCAAAGAGAAGCAUGGAUUUGAUUAUGCAAAGGACUAUUUCACAGAUUUAAUAACGAAUGAUAGCAUACAUUAUUUCAAAAUGUCUAAGAGGAUAUAUCCCCACAGACCUAUAAUGAUGGUGAUCAGUCAUGCUGCCCCACAUGGUCCUGAAGACUCUGCACCUCAGUUCUCCAAACUCUAUCCAAAUGCUUCCCAGCACAUAACUCCCAGUUACAAUUAUGCACCAAAUAUGGAUAAACAUUGGAUCAUGCAAUAUACAGGCCCUAUGCUUCCUAUCCACAUGGAAUUUACAAAUGUCCUGCAGCGCAAAAGACUUCAAACCCUUCUAUCUGUUGAUGAUUCCAUGGAAAGGUUAUAUCACAUGCUAGUGGAAACUGGAGAACUGGAGAAUACUUACAUUAUUUAUACUGCCGACCACGGUUACCAUAUUGGGCAGUUUGGACUGGUCAAGGGGAAGUCAAUGCCAUAUGACUUCGAUAUUCGUGUUCCAUUCUUUAUUCGUGGUCCAAGUAUAGAGCCGGGAUCAGUAGUAUCUCAAAUAGUGCUGAAUAUUGACCUUGCUCCAACAGUUCUGGAUAUUGCAGGACUUGACACACCUCCAGAUAUGGACGGCAAAUCUGUUCUAAAACUCCUAGACCUUGAAAAACCAGGAAACAGGUUUCGAACAAACAAGAAAACCAAAGUUUGGCGAGAUACCUUCCUUGUGGAAAGAGGCAAAUUUCUGCGUAAGAAGGAAGAGCCGAGCAAAAGUUCCCAGCAGUCGAAUCACUUACCAAAAUAUGAAAGAGUAAAGGAGCUGUGUCAGCAAGCAAGGUACCAGACAGCUUGUGAGCAGCCUGGCCAGAAAUGGCAAUGUAUUGAAGACACAUCUGGCAAACUUCGCAUUCACAAAUGCAAAGGAUCUAGUGACAUUCUUGCUAUAAGAAAAAGAACACGAAGCAUACAUUCCCAGGGAUAUAACAACCAAGAAAAUGAAUGCGACUGCAGAGAAGCUGAUUACCGGAGCAGUCGGACCCAAAGAAAAAAUCAAAGAGCCUUUAUGCGAAACCCCAGCAUGCCAAAAUACAAGCCACGAUUUGUUCAUACACGACAGACUCGUUCCUUGUCUGUGGAAUUUGAAGGAGAAAUAUAUGACAUAAACCUGGAAGAGGAAUUGCACAUCCCUCAGCCAAAGAGUAUUGUGAAGCGACAUGGGAGUUACAGUGAGGAGGAUGACGACAACGAAGAUCAAGAACAGCAGCUGCAAGGUUCAGAAGAUGAUGGUGGUGGUGGUCAUGAAGCCAUGCUAGCUGAUGGAAGCAACACAGUUGGCCAGCCGGACUCUGUCAGAGUGACUCAUAAGUGCUUUAUUCUUCCAAAUGAUUCUAUUCACUGUGAGAGGGAACUUUACCAGUCAGCCCGAGCUUGGAAAGACCACAAAGCCUACAUUGACAAAGAGAUUGAGGCUCUUCAAGAUAAAAUCAAAAAACUAAGGGAAGUGAGAGGACAUCUGAAAAGAAGAAAACCUGAUGACUGUGACUGUAGCAAAGGGAGCUAUUACAGCAAAGAAAAAGGAGUAAAGGGUCAAGAAAAAUUGAAAACAAGUCUUCAUCCAUUCAAGGAAGCUGCACAAGAGGUAGAUGGGAAGCUUCAGCUAUUCAAAGAGAACCGUCGGAGAAAGAAAGAAAGGAAAGGGAAGAAGCGCCAGAAGAAAGGAGAUGAAUGCAGCCUUCCUGGACUCACUUGCUUUACCCAUGAUAACAACCACUGGCAGACUGCACCAUUCUGGAACUUGGGAUCAUUUUGUGCUUGUACAAGCUCAAACAACAACACUUACUGGUGUUUGAGAACAGUAAAUGAAACACACAACUUUCUCUUCUGUGAGUUUGCCACGGGAUUUCUGGAGUAUUUUGACAUGAACACUGACCCUUACCAGUUGACAAAUACAGUACACACAGUGGAAAGAGGCACUUUGAAUCAACUACACGUACAACUAAUGGAGCUACGAAGUUGUCAAGGCUAUAAGCAAUGCAAUCCAAAACCUAAAGGGCUUGACACAGAGGACAGUUAUGGCACGGAUGGGAAGGCUAAACUGCCAAAUUUCACAGAAAAUGUCAACUGGCAAGGGCUGGAAGAUUUGUACAGUGUGAAUGAAAGUUUGUAUGAAGCCAGAAAUGACUACAGACUUACUCCUGAUGACUGGACAAAUUACUUGAAGGAUGUAGAUAGAAUCUUUGCACUGCUGAACAGUUAUUCUGAGCAAAAUGGAAGAGCAAAGACUCCGACUGCUCAUCCUAGUUGGUACUUGGAUGAAUCAUCCACACCAUUUGCCUUGCUGGAAAUGAGCUCUGCUGAAUCAGAUGAAGGUUCAAGUUGGUUGGCAAUCCAAGAGGCACAGGUGAUCAUGCCAACAGAUUUUGGGGCCCUGGCUUUGAGCACAGUUAUGUCAAGGCAGGAGAGCCAGCUUGAAUCAAGUAAUGAUAUUCCUGCAGGAAAGAGUCCUAAUCCACCACACUGGAGUAAUUACCAAUCCAAAAUGCGGCUGGGGACCGAAGAACCAGUUGAUUUUGAAAUGGAUUUCAGUGGGAAUGAUCUGACAGAGCUGGAGUCCAGACAUAGCUUCAUUUUACAAACAGCUAGCAUUCUUCAGAAAGAUUCUGUCCCACACAAGGAAUCUGUGGAUGACAUUUUUGAAGAACAGACUUACCUUCCCAUGAACUCACCUGCCAAAGUAAUCCAUCGGGCUUUAAACACUGUCAGUUUGGAGCCUAAGAUGGAGAGGGUGCUAAGAAAAAGGGAAUCUUCACAGGUCCUUAAUGUAGAAGAAACUGUUUUAACACCCCUCCCCUCAAAUUAGAUUGUGUACAGAUACAUAUUUCCUUGCUUAUUAGUUGACAAACAGAAAUAGCCCUGACAACAGAUAUUCCGAUUUUUUAAAAUGAUUACACCCUUUUAAAGCAGACUGAACUGUAUGUUCUACAUGCAUAUGCAUAAGCUCUAGCAUUCAUAUAUCUAGAAGAGCAAGAAUUCUAGUGCUCAAAACAAAUGGCUGCAUCACACUAUAUGAUACCAUGCAAUGUGGAAUUACGAAGUCACAUUACAAAUAUUUUUAUAAAGGCUUCUUCAAAUGUGACCUGAGCCAUUUCUCUAUUCCCAUAAUGACUUGCCGUAAGUAAAUGUUUCAAUCCCCUAAGUUUUUUAUUAAAUAAAAUUUUAAUUAACAACUUUAACCACUGAAAUUUCAUACUGUAAGCAUAAAAUUAUAUUGCACUUUUUAGAAUUGUGUGCCAUACCCCUUAUUAAUUGGAUAGUCUUACAUGUUCUUGGUUUUGCUAAUGGUGUGUAAUUUGCAAAACAAUAAAAUAGGUUGAUAGUGAAAGUGGUAUAAAGCAUAGAUUGUGAAAACUAAUUAUCUGAACAUUGAGCAGAAAGUAAUGUUUGAUUUUAAACCUUUAUGCUCAACUUGAUUUAUGGUAAUUUUUCCUCAGAUAGUGUUAAUUAAAGAUUUAAUAGAGAAGGGGCAAAAUAAUUUCCCAUUUCAGUGGACAAGAAGUUAAAAAAUUAUUAAGGCUUUCAAUGUUCAGGGGUUUUUUUUUGUUGGAAAGAAAGUUUCAUUUCUGAUACAUAGGGGAAAACCUUGAUAUGAUCAGUAACUACAUGAGGUUAUUUUUAGACUUAUGAAAUAUGAACUCAAAUCCAAAGAACAGGUGCAUAAUACUCAAUAUGCAGUGUUCCAUGCUACUAUAUGCACCCAAGCAUGGGAUGUAUUAUGAAGAUUGCAUACUACUUACAUUUUUGUCUACACACAGUGCAGUCAUGCACCUUGCCUCUAUGUCAUAUAGAAUGCUGGAUUAUUGCUAUGCAUAUUAAUGUAGACUUAAUAUGCAUAGCAAUGCUUAUAGACAGGGAAUCUCCUAGACUCCUAUGGGAUGUAUAUGUAGAAGGAUUUAUCUAAUUACAUCAGAAAAGAAAUGAAACAACUCCCUUAUAUCCCACAGUGCUUAAGUGAACAAUUAAAUGAGAUGGAAUGGAACUGCUGAAUGGGAAAAUAAGGUAUAAUUAUCAAAAAAUAAAAUAGUUUACAAAAGUAUACAAAUAUAAAAUGUUCAUUUGGUACAAUGUCAACAAAAGUUAAUUGCUAGGCUUCACCAAACAUGACAUGAAAAUGUUUGAACAAGAAAACAAUGACAAAAGAUCUUAACAAUGCUAUUUCUGAUAUCUGGUUUAUUUGAAAGUAUAUCUCUUUUGUGUGUUAAUUAAGAUAACCUAUUAACACAGUUUGUUUAAAUGACAUUUAAAGUUAACCUUUAAAAUUUGCAGUUGAGUGACCUAUGGUGUUGGGUCUGAAUGAUUUCCAAGAAAAGCUUGUGAUGGGCUCUGUAAAUUCUUUAAAAUUAACUAGGUGUUUAUCAUGUAUGUAUCAUGAACCGAAUGACAAAACAAACUUAUUUAUGGGCAUGAAUGAUGCUGUUUGUAUAUAGAUUUUACAUUAUUAGGCUAUAAACUGUGUACAUGUAAAAUAUUCUGCAAUACUUUUAUAGAACAAUUCUGACUUCAGGAAAGUCUAGAAGCAAUAUUUCAUGAAAUAAAGAGCUCCUGUACAUGUUUCAUAGAAA